ACAAGACGGCAGUCGUAAUUCAGACCAAUAAAUGAGGGUAGCUGUUUCCUGCUUUACGGUAUUUGAAGGGCACUCUUCCUUCCAGGAGCACUGAUUAAGUAAAGGACCCAAAGGCACAAUGGCCGGGCACGAUGCUGGAACCCAUCACCAGUUCACUGGUUUCCAGAAGUACUUCAAUGCUUAUACCAUUACAGGAAGGAGGAACUGUGUGCUGGCUACCUAUGCAGGCCUUGCUGGGAUCUACCUGUUUUUUAAGCUGAAGCCUAAGAAGCAGAAGCCUGCAGUUACAGAAAAGUAAUCAGUGGUCUUUUCCUCUCUGAGCUCUGUUAUAUAGAGCAAGGACUAACAUGGAUUUGUUUUUAUCUCAAGAACAACCUUCAGAACCUACAGCUGAAUGUGAAUUAUCCUUGUUCAAAAUAAAUAAAAAUGAAAUUAAAAACUG